GAUACAUUUUCGCUUCAGCGAUCCGAGCGUUGACGUCGCGUCUACCGCACUCUCUGACGCCGCAAAAAUAUCUCGCGUAGCUGAUCGGUAGUGAACUUGAACGUGAUAGAGGGUCAGGGUGGCUCUACCGGCAUUUCGCUCGUCGGAAUAAAACAUGUGGUAUCAGCCGAUUGCCCACAUUAGCGACGCAAAGCCCUGCGCGCGGCUGUACAGGUGUCGCGUUCUAGUCAGUUUGUGCUUAGUGCAGUGAACGAAACCGCAUUGCGUACAUAGGAAAACUAUCUGGAUUUAAUUUGACAAAAUGGUUCAACAGCAACCAGCGCUGCUAUCAGCGCUAUGGAUACUGUUUACAAUAUUACUCCCAACGAGAACACAAAACAUGAAUCCAGUUUCGUCUUUCAUGAACUUCCUCCAAGAAGGCACACAUCAACUCGACGCCGAGCCACCUGAUCAAGUUAAUUUGCUUUCAGAGUACGAUUUCAUUGUAGUCGGCGCUGGAACGGCAGGGUGUGUUAUCGCUAAUCGUUUAACUGAAAUACCAGACUGGAAAGUACUUUUGGUGGAAGCGGGAGUCAAUGAAAACUUCCUCAUGGACAUCCCUAUACUAGCUAACUAUCUCCAAUUUACGUCGGCAAAUUGGAAGUAUAAAACAAAACCUUCUGAUAAAUACUGUGCAGGAUUCGAGAACCAGCAGUGUAAUUGGCCUCGAGGUAAAGUUGUUGGAGGUUCAAGUGUAAUAAAUUAUAUGAUUUAUACAAGAGGUGCACCACAAGACUAUAACAAUUGGGAAGCAAUGGGCAAUAAGGGGUGGAAUUGGGAUGAGGUGUUACCAUACUUUAAAAAAGUUGAAAAAUUUAAUAUACCGGCUUUUGACAAUCCUAAGUACCACGGACACGAAGGCUUCGUCAAUAUCGAGCAUGCUCCCUUUCGAACAACUAAAGCUAAAGCGUGGGUAAAAGGUGCUCAAGAAUUAGGAUUUCGGUACAGUGAUUACAAUGGAGCUAAUCCAGGCGGAGUGUCUUUCUUGCAAUUGUCGAUGAAAAAUGGAACCCGACACAGCUCUAGUAGGGCGUAUUUGCAUCCAAUUAAUAAAAGAAAUAAUCUUCAUCUCUCAAAAGGAAGUAUGGUGACAAAACUAAUUUUCGAUUCAAAUAAAAAGAGAGUUAUUGGAAUAGAACUCGAAAAACGUGGAAAGCGUUUUAAAAUAAUAGCUAGGAAAGAAGUUAUUGUUUCUGCAGGCGCUAUUAAUUCACCCCAACUUUUGAUGCUCUCUGGUAUAGGCCCAAGAGAUCAUUUGGAAGCGCUUAAAAUACCAGUAGUGAAGGACUUACCGGUUGGAUACAAUUUGAUGGACCAUAUCGCUGCGGGUGGAGUACAGUUUAUGGUGAACCAGCAAAACUUUAGUUUAUCUACAGAAUAUAUCCUAAACCAUUUAGAAUUAGUAUUUAGAUGGAUGAAAACACAUAAUGGACCUUUAUCAAUACCUGGUGGAUGUGAAGCCUUAAUAUUCAUGGAUUUAAAAGACAAAUACAAUAAAACCGCGUGGCCUGAUCUUGAAUUACUUUUUAUUGGUGGCGGUCUGAACUCUGAUCCGCUGCUACCUAGAAACUUUAAUUUUGACGAGAAAAUAUACUCGGAAACAUACAGCCCUCUAGGAAAAGAUGAUGUCUUCAUGAUAUUUCCCAUGUUAAUGCGACCGAAAUCGAAGGGAAGAGUAAUGUUGCAAAGUAGAAAUCCUAAAGUCCAUCCAACAUUGGUACCAAAUUAUUUUGAAUACCAGGAGGAUUUACAAAAGAUAGUUGAAGGAAUAAAAGUUGCUAUAGAAAUUUCCAGACAGCCAGCUAUGCGUAAGCUUGGUACAAAAAUGUACGAUGUUCCAAUUGAAGAAUGUCUUCAGUAUGGUCCUUUUGGUAGUGAUGCUUACUUUGCUUGUCAAGCCCAGAUGUUUACAUUUACUAUAUACCAUCAGAGUGGAACUUGCAAAAUGGGUGUGGAAAGUGAUCCGUCAGCUGUGGUAGACAACAGACUACGAGUACAUGGGAUUACGGGACUUAGAGUUAUAGACGCUAGUGUAAUGCCCGAAAUAGUAUCAAGUCAUACGAAUGCUCCAGUGUACAUGAUAGCAGAACGGGGUUCGGACUUCAUCAAACAGGACUGGGGCCAUUAGAAAUAAAAUAUUAUUAUGCACUUAUCUACUUGUUACACUGUGAUUUUAAUGUAAUUUUGUAAUGGUUAAUUUAUUCGUGUAGUGUGAAAACUAUGAUAGAACUAUCGUUGCUACAGUA